AUGGAAAGAUAUAGAAACAAAGAGAAGUUUGUAUGUGCUGGGAAAAAUGGAAAGAUUUGGAAACCAAGAGAAGUUUCCAGCAAUGCUAGAAAAUUCUUAUCUACAACUAAAUUAGAAAAUUUCUCAACUCUUAAGAUAAAGAUUAUCUCCAACAGAUUGGGCAAGGCGGCUUCGGUGGUGGCUGUGAAGAGAAUAUCCAAAGGUUCCAAACAAGGAAGAAAGGACUAUGUUUCUACGGUUACCACAAUCAGUAGGCUUCGACACCAUAACCUUGUGAAACUUUUAGGAUGGUUCCAUCAAAAGGGAGAGUUCCUUCUAUUCAAUGAAUACCUGCCUAAUGGUAGUUUGUAUAAACAUUAUUUUGGGAUGGAGAAGAAAAUUUUGGAUUGGGACCGACAAUAUAGUAUCUCCUGUGAUAAAGAGUCUUCUCUUGUUUAUCUCCACGAAGAAUGGGACCAGGGUGUCGUUCACCGAGACGUCAAAGCAAGCAACUUAAAGUUGGAUUCCAAUUUUAAUGGAAUGCUGGGGGAUUUUGGUUUGGCAAGACUAAUUGAGCGUGAUAUGGCAGCUUCUCAUACAACUGUGGUGGCGGGCACGCCGGGGUAUUUGUCUCCUGAGUGCUAUAUAAUGAGAAAGACCAGUCCAGAGACAGACGUGUACAACUUCAGGGUGGUUACUCUAGAAAUUGCCUAUGGAAGGUGGAUGGUUAGCCCAACCCUUGGUGAACACAAUUGCAGACAGGUAGAGUGGGUUUGGAAUCUGUAUGGAAAGGGAAAGCUCCUAGAGGCGGCGGAUGAGAAACUGGGUAGAAAUUUUAAUGGCGAGGACAUGGAGCGACUGAUGGUGUUGGGACUUUUGUGCUCUAAUGUAGAUCCCACAUCAAAACCCAAAAUGGGAGAGCUGAUAAAGAUAUUUAAAAGGGAAGCGCGAUUGUCAUACGUUCCUUGGGAUUUAUCAGUAGCUGUAUAUAGUCAGCAUCUUCACCGUGAGAUGAGGUCACACUUGUCAACCUCAGUGGCCCUUACAUCCCCGACUCUUAUUGAACCCACUGUGUUGUCAAUCUUGUUAGACGUUAAGGCGUUGGUUUUGUCGUCUUCUACGACUGAAAAUAUCUCACUGUUAAAAAUGUCGAGCCCUCUACUGUUAAUGACUGACCUCGCUAGUUUACACUAUCUCAUGGAAGUAGGUUUUUAG